AUGGCGGACCAAGGUUUGCAGCCUGAUGUGCUGGCAUAUAAUUCAAUGAUAAGUGGGUUUUGCAAGGAGGGGCAGAUAGAGGAAGCCAAUCGGUUGUUGGAAUUGAUGAUCCGAAGAGGUUUGCAACCAAACACAGUUAGUUAUAAUACUUUGAUGGAUGGUUAUUGCUUGAUUGGUAGAUUUGAUGAUGCAAAGGAGCUGCUAAUCUCUAUGGAAAGCAAGGGUUGUAAGCCUGAUGUUGUUAGUUAUAAUACUUUGAUCAAUGCUUAUGGCAAGAAUAGGAAAUUAGAGAAUGCUAUGAGUCUUUUCAAGGAAAUGAUUUCAAAGGGAAUAAGACCGACAGUUGUUACAUAUAACUCUUUGUUAGCUAGUCUUUUUCUAUCAAAUGAGGUUGGAAUUGCGCGGAAACUAUUUGAUGAGAUGAAACUUCAUAAUGUUGCACCUAAUCUACUUACAUAUACAAUUUUGAUUGAUGGGUUAUGCAAGAAUGGCUAUGUUCUGGAGGCAGCAAAAUGGUUUCGUACUUUGGAGUACUAUGAGUUUAAACUUAGUAUUGAAAUCUUCAACAGCCUCAUUGAUGGGUUGUGUAAAAAGGGAAUGCUUGAAAUUGCUUUGGAGUUAUUUCACAAGUUGCCUAAAAAAGGCUUAAUGCCAGACGUUGUGACAUAUUCCAUUUUAAUCCAUGGGUUUUGCAAAAAAGGGAAACUACAAAAGGCAUAUGAUUGGUUACUAGAUAUGGAAAAGAAUGGUUGUGCUCCAGAUGUUGUUACAUUCAAUACUCUUAUGCGAGGUUUUUUACAAAAUGAUGAGGCAGCUAAAGUGGUUGAACUUCUUCACAAAAUGAGUGACAGAAAAGUAAUACCAGACGACUCAACGUUUUCCCUAGUCAUAGAUCUACUUGUAAAGCAUGAAAAUUAUCGUGAAUGUUUGGAGUUGCUUCCUUCAUUUCCUCCACAAAAGUCAACAAGAGGCUGA